AUGGACGAUGUCAAGAUCAUGGCAUCGGUUCUCACGUCCUCUUUCACCGGCACUCUCGACGUAGAACUGACGUACCUGCUCGGCGCCAUCACCGACCGCGGCCGCAAGGUCACCGCCAUCUUCGACUGUUGUCACUCGGGCCGUAUGGCCCGCGACCCAUCCGAUGAUGAAUCAAUGCCUCGCAACCUACCCAAGCAUGCCGUGCGCAUUGGCGCUGCCACCAGCACGGAGAUAGCGUGGGAGCAUAGUAGGAGCGGUCAGUGGGCUGGGAUACUAACGCAGACACUAGCAAAAGUAUUGCAGGAGACGUGGAUAAAUGGUGGUGACAACAACUCCGUUUCGUGGCGGACGAUACUGCUCGUGUGCAGGAAAUGGUCCACAUCAACUUACCCCUACAGAAUCCAAAUGCAGAGGGCCCAGAUACACGCCUACUCUUCUCACUCGAGAAAGCGGUGA